ACCAUCAACCGGAUCCCGUCGACUACAACACUAACCAUAGCAGCUCCAGCCGGCCCUGUUGACGCAGACACGCCCGAAGGACGAUAGAACCGAUUCAUCGAGUUUAUAUCCUAGCUAUAGAACAGUCAGUCAGUCAGUCGUAAAACAACACAGAUCAACCAUGCGUUCAUUCGUUGCUGUGUUGGCGGCAGCCGCCUCUUUCCAAGGAGUCUCUGCGGCUCCGGUAGAGGGACAUAUCCCUCCCCACACGCCAGUUUCGCACACGCGAUGGCCUCACCCUACUGGCUGGCCUCACCCUCACCACCCCAGCCAUCACCCCAGUGGCGGGUUUCCGCACCACACCUGGCCGCCACACCACACCGGCAACUGGCCUCCUCACCACACUGGCGGUCCUCGCCAUUCCAGCAGUAUUAUCUGGGCUCGGGAUGAAGAGAAGCACGGCUCCGGCCACCCUCACCCCACGGGACACCACUCCCACCACAGUGGACACGCUCAUUCCAGUGGCCACCACCAUCACACCAAGAGCCACCAUCACACUAAGAGCCACCACCACUCGCUACCCACCGGCCUUCCUCACACCUUCCCGGGCAAUGAGAAGCACCACACUCCCUGGGGCCACGGCACAGGCAUCAGCCACAGCCACCACCCCCACCCAACGGGCAUUCCUCCCCACCACCUACCUCCCCAUCACCACCCCAAGCCAAGCACAACGACGACCAGCACCGCUACCGCAACCGAGUCUAGCAUCGGCGUCGAGAAGCGCGACGACGACCACUGGCCGCCGCACCACCACCCGGGCCACCCUCACCACCCUGAUCACCCUCACCCGGAUCACCCGCACCCAAGCCACCCGUUCCCCAGCGGCGGCUUCCCUCACCCGCCUCACCACGGCGGACCCCCUCACCACCACCACGGCCCGCCUGAGUUCACCGCCGUGCCUCAGCGCGCGCGCCAGGUGCUGCAGGAGAUACCUCGCGUGGUUCGCGAGGCUAACUAAGGGGAUACAGCUCCUUACCUACCUGCUUAUAGGAUAGUAGUGGGUGCCUGACAAAGCCUUGUCAUGAUAGAAUAAUAGCGUGUAGGAUUAGUGGCGGGGGGAUGGGGAUGGGGUACGGCAUAUUUCAUCUGGAGACGAGGUUCAUUGGAGGAUC